UAUACUUGAGCGCCGCUGCGUGUGCGCUGUAAACACCCUUUGGCUUUUGGAAUUUGCACACGUCUUCACGCGCGCCAGCUUUACUCGCACAGCAAUUGCCGCUUACGACGCCAAAAUGCGCGGCCGCCACCUACGCAGACGUUUCAGCUUGCAGCCGUCCUUCAUGAAGGAUGACAGCUCGGAGGAUAAACCGAAACGCGACAAAGUUGGGCGCAACAAUGCCGUGGAUGACGCCAUUGGACCAGCUAACGCACGUCACAAAAUCGUUGUUAUGGGUGCGGCCAAAGUAGGCAAAACUUCCAUAAUCACACAAUUUCUGUACAACACAUUCACCACGAAAUACAAAAGGACCAUCGAGGAAAUGCAUCAAGGCAACUUUUCAAUUGCCGGCGUUAGCCUGACGCUGGACAUUCUAGAUACGGCCGGCUCCUAUGAGUUUCCUGCAAUGCGCGCGCUCUCCAUCUCAUCGGCGGAUGCAUUCAUUCUGGUGUAUGAUGUCACCGAUGCGUCCACAUUCGAGGAGGUGCGCAUGAUACGCGAUCAAAUACACGAGACCAAAGCGACCACAGCUGUGCCCAUUGUGGUGGUGGGCAAUAAAAUUGACCUAGUUGCCGAAAAGGAGGACGCCAGGAAGGUUGAAUAUGCUACCACAGAAUCGGUGGUCACCCUAGACUGGGAGAAUGGCUUUGUCGAAGCGUCUGCGGCGAAGAAUGAAAACAUCACACAGGUCUUCAAAGAGCUGCUGUCACAGGCGAAAAUCACGUACAAUCUGAGUCCAGCACUGCGGCGCCGACGACAAUCAUUGCCACAGCAAGUGGGCAACAAUGGAGCGGGCACGCCCACCCAUCACCAUCAUCCAUCACAUGCAGCCAACACGUCGGCAGCGGGCAGUGCACACGGCUCCACAUUGCCAUCGCAUGCGCCAACAGCCGCGCAAAUACAACAUUUACAAAGGAUACAGGAGCGGAGCUUGGGCAGCAAACGAAAUUCGUGCACAAUAUCCUAAAGUCAAUAUGC